AUGUCAACGACAACGACAACACAAACAUCAAAUAUAGAUUAUUAUAUGAUUGAAGAAAUUGAUAUACCUUUUGAAGAAGAGAUAUUGCGAAAUCCUUAUACGCUCAAGUCAUGGCUCAGAUAUAUUGAUCAUAAAUCUGAACAACCAUUACCACAACAAAUUUUUGUAUAUGAACGUGCUUUAAAAGAGUUACCAGGUUCAUAUAAAUUGUGGAAAAGAUAUUUAGAUCUUCGUAUAUCAAAUGUUAAAGAAUUGAAUUCUGUCAACUUUGAAAAAGAAUAUAUGAAAGUUAAUAAUUGUUUUGAAAGAGCAUUAGUUCUAUUGCACAGGAUGCCAAAGAUUUGGUUAGAUUAUUGUAAAUUUUUGAUGAAACAAUGUAGAAUUACAAAAACUCGUCGUACAUUUGAUCGUGCAUUAAAGGCAUUACCGAUCACUCAACAUCCUAGAAUUUGGGACUUAUAUUUGGAUUUUGCUAGAACAAUUAGUGGUGAGACUGCAAUUAGAUUAUAUAAAAGAUAUCUAAAGUUGGAACCUGAUCAUAUAGAAGAAUAUAUUGAAUUACUAUUAUCGCUCAAAAGAUAUGAUGAGGCAGCAAAACAAUUGGCAAUAAUAGUGAAUAAUGAUCGAUUUCAAUCAAUGCAUGGAAAAUCAAAUUAUCAAUUAUGGAUGGAACUUUGUGAUUUAGUGUGCGAUCAUCCGCAAGAGAUCAAAGGUUUAAAAGUAGAACCUAUUAUAAGGAGUGGGAUUCGUAGAUUCACUGAUCAAGUGGGAAAAUUGUGGAAUUCUUUAGCUAAUUAUUGGAUUUUAUUAGGUCACUUUGAAAAGGCACGAGAUGUUUUUGAAGAAGGUAUAAAGAAUGUGAUGACAGUAAGAGAUUUCACGCAGAUAUUUGAUACUUAUGCACAACCAUUUUUGGUAAAUGAUGUACUUUUACGACAAAAUCCUAAUAAUGUUCAUGAAUGGGAAAAAAGGGUUUCAUUGUGGAAAGACAAUAAAGAACAGAUUGUUGAAACAUAUAACAAGGCAAUUUUAACAAUUAAUCCUAAAAAAGCCACAGGAAAAUUGCAUGAGUUGUGGGUUAACUUUGCUAAAUUUUAUGAAGAAAAUGGUGAUAUAGAAAGUGCUAGAAUAAUAUUUGAAAAAGGGACUCAUGUUGACUUUAAAAAUGUAAAUGAUUUAGCAACGUUAUGGUGUGAGUAUGCUGAAAUGGAAUUACGGAAUGAGAAUUAUGAUAAAGCAAUUGAGGUUAUGGGCCAUGCUACAAUUCCUCCCCGUAAUCCAAAUGUAGACUUUCUACAAUCACGUGUUUUUAAAUCGAUUAAACUUUGGUCAUUCUAUGUUGACCUUGAAGAGAGUAUUGGUACGAUAGUAUCAACAAGAGCAGUAUAUGAUCGAAUGUUGGAAUUGAAGAUCGCGACACCACAAAUUGUAAUCAAUUAUGCAGCUUUUUUGGAAGAGAACAAUUAUUUUGAAGAAAGUUAUAAAAUAUAUGAACGUGGUAUUGAAUUAUUCAAUUAUCCGAUUGCAUUUGAGAUUUGGAAUUUAUAUUUGACCAAAUUUGUUGCCCGAUAUAAAGGUUCCAAAUUAGAGCGAGCAAGAGAUUUAUUUGAACAGGCUCUUGAGAAAUGUCCACCAAAACAUGCAAAAACAUUAUAUCUUAUGUAUGGUAAAUUAGAGGAGGACUAUGGAUUGGCAAGACAUGCAAUGCGAAUUUAUGAUCGAGCAACAAAUGCAGUUGCUGAUGAAGAUCCAAGUUCAAACUUUGGUAUUACUUAUACGCGAGAAUUGUAUGAACGUGCCAUUGAAGUAUUACCUGAUAGGGAAGCAAAAGAUAUGUGUUUGAAAUAUGCAGAGGUUGAAUGUAAAUUGGGAGAAAUUGAUAGAGCAAGAGCUAUAUAUGCUCAUGCAUCACAAUUUUGUGAUCCUAGAACAGUGCCAUCAUUUUGGCAACUUUGGCAUGAUUUUGAGGUUAAGCAUGGAAAUGAAGAUACAUUCAAAGAAAUGUUGAGGAUUAAACGUAGUGUACAAGCUCAAUAUAAUACAGAAGUUAACUUUAUAUCGGCUCAAAUUCUUGCUACUCGUCAAGCUCAUCAAAACACAAAAGAUAAACCAUCCAACACAGAAGCAGAUGAUCAUUCUACUACUACACUUGACCCAAUGAAAUUAGCAGAAAAAGAAGCUCUUCUUGAAAGCAAUUUUACAAGAGCCGUUGCUUUUGUUUCAUCUUCGACAACUUUAGAAGAUGAUGAAUCCAUUUCUAAACAACUUGCGAAUCCUGAUGAAAUUACUAUGGAUGAUGAUGAUGAUUUAUAA